UGUCGACAUCUGCUGUCAGGAUCUCCUCCACCGAGCACCAGCACCUCCAUCAUCCUCAUUCUCCUCCCCACCCUCAACCUCUCCCUGCGGGAACGGCAAAAUCCAGCUCUAAACAUUUACAAUUUGGAUUUGCAAAAUCCUCGCCAAAGGACCAAAUUUGAUCGUCAUAAAGCCACAAUCGCGCUUUAAUGGCGUCAGAAAGGCGUCUCAGUGUCGCGCGCAUGAGGAUUACGCGAUGAAAUUCAAUUUCAAAAUGCACGAGGGAAGAGACAGAGAGACGGGUCAGAAUUAGUGAGAUCGCUGUGUGUUUGCAACUGCUGCACGCUGGAGUGUGGGGAGAGAUUGAGGUGUCCACACCCCGUCAUUGUUCCAGCAUGUCCCCUCCAGCAUCCGCUGCGACAGCCAGUGAGAGCAGCACCACCACUGCGCUCGAGGAAGACACAGAUGGAGCCCGAGAGGAGCAGAGGCCCGUGAAGCAGUCGCUGAGCAAGUCCAUGUGCAGAGAGGUGUUCUGGAAAUGCCUGCUGCUGUCCAUGCUCAUGUACGGCUGUAUGGGCGCCAUGGUGUGGUGCCACGUCACCAAAGUCACCCGCCUGACCUUCGACAGCGCCUACAAGAAGAAGUCCAUGAUGUACCACGACAGUCCCUGCUCAGACGGCUACAUCUACAUCCCUCUAGCCUUCCUCAUCAUGCUGUACGUGGUUUACCUGGUGGAGUGCUGGCACUGCCAUGCCAGAAACGAGCUUCAGUAUAAAGUGCACACCGAGGGGAUUUACGAAAGGAAUCAGAGGAUGCAACAAGCCAAGCCUUGCAUCUGGUGGAAGGCCAUUAGUUAUCAUUAUGUACGUCGGACACGGCAAGUCACGCGCUACCGCAAUGGAGACGCGUACACAACCACGCAAGUGUACCACGAGAGAGUCAACACACAUGUAGCUGAAGCCGAGUUUGAUUACGGGCACUGUGGCGUUAAAGACGUCUCCAAGCAGCUAGUCGGUCUGGAAAAGUCGGCCAUCACCAAAUUAAGGUUCACCAAGUGCUUUAGCUUCGCCAAUGUGGAAUCCGAAAACUCUUAUUUGACGCAGCGUGCACGGUUUUUCACCGACAAUGAAGGACUUGAUGAUUACAUGGAGGCAAGGGAAGGGAUGCACCUUAAAAAUGUCGAUUUCAAAGAGUACAUGAUUGCCUUCUCCAAUCCUGACAAGCAUCCUUGGUACGUGUCCAACUACGUCUUCUGGACGGCAGCAUUUCUAACCUUAUCCUGGCCGUUAAGGGUGCUCACAGAAUAUCGUACGGCGUACGUUCACUACCGUGUGGAGAAACUUUUCGGUGCAGACUACAUUGCUGUGACGCCCUGUGACGAGAGACCGUACUGUAGACGAAUCCCAAGAGUCAACACCAUCGACAGCACCGAAUUAGAGUGGCACAUCCGAUCUAACCAGCAGUUGGUGCCAAGCUACUCUGAAGCAGGACUGAUGGAUCUAGCGCAGCGUUCAGGAGGUGUUCGCCAGAAUUGCGAACGCUGCCAUCGGGCUAUCAGCAGCUCUUCUGUGUUUUCCCGAAGCGCUCUCAGCAUUUGCAAUGGCAGUCCACGGAUCCCUUUCAGCGGGAGUCGCUUUUCUUUGGGAAGACUGUAUGGAUCGCGUCGAAGCUGCUUUUGGAGAAGCGGAAGUUUGGAUGAACCCGAAAGUCCCAGCGAGAACACGAGAUGUCUGUCUGGACGGAUUAACGCGGAUGAAGAAGACCCACCGCCCUAUCAGGACGCUCUGUACUUCCCUGUGCUCAUUGUUCAUUGUAGCGAGAGCUGUCCCAAUCACCGAUCCUUCCACAGGAACGGAUCAUGCGUCGAGACGUCUUUAUGACCACAGAACAAAUUAAAUAUCGUCAAAGAGGUGAAACAUCCUCAAUACUAGACAUGUCCUGUGACUCAGGAAUCAUUUAUUGGAAUAUCUAUUGGCCAACGUCACUGUAUUCUUACAACAUUACGCCCUAUUAACAUGGGGCGUCAGCGUCAACGCUUCCAAUUCACUUUGAAUGGGUGACGUCAGGCGUUGCCGAACUGCA